CGGGGCCUGCAUGCUGAUGAGCCGGGCUCGCUGCCGACGCGGCUGGGCGCACAGCGGUCCCGCAGCGGUUCCAGCCGAAGUGGCACCCGUCUUUCGCCGCCCCCGGCGCCCGGGUCUCUAUCCCUGAAGACGGUCCUCGACUUUAUCUUUAUCCUUACCCGUCUAUCCUCCCACUCCCUGCGCCACAGCCCCCGGCACCUGAAUACCCACCACUCCCGGCGGCCCCCUACGGUUUCCCUUUCCCGCCGCAAACCCCGCGACCUCCAGCAGCCCGCCCCCGCGGGCCCGCUCCCGCCGGGCGGCUCUCGCUGCAGCCUCCCGAGCCUUCCCGCUCUCCCGGGGAUCGCACUACCACCACACCGGUGUGUGCCCUCGGACUUCGCGGCCGCCUCGCCCGCUCCCUCGGAGCCCCCUCCCCCGCCCUGGCCGGCCGGCAUGCAGGUGUCUAUCGCGUGUACUGAGCAGAACCUUCGCAGCCGGAGCAGUGAGGACCGUCUCUGUGGACCCCGGCCGGGGCCUGGGGGCGGUAAUGGAGGGCCAGUGGGCGGGGGGCACGGGAACCCUCCGGGGGGUGGAGGAGCGGGCCCCAAGACGCGAGCUGCACUGGUCCCCAGACCCCCAGCACCCGCUGGGGCCCUUCGAGAGAGCACCGGCCGAGGCACUGGCAUGAAAUACAGGAAUCUGGGGAAGUCUGGACUCCGGGUGUCCUGCCUUGGCCUUGGUACCUGGGUCACGUUUGGCUCACAGAUCUCAGAUGAGACAGCAGAAGACGUCCUGACGCUAGCCUACGAGCAUGGUGUAAACCUGUUUGACACCGCUGAAGUGUACGCAGCAGGAAAGGCUGAGAGAACCCUGGGUAACAUCCUCAAGAGCAAAGGUUGGAGGAGAUCCAGCUAUGUUAUCACCACCAAGAUUUUUUGGGGAGGACAGGCAGAAACUGAGCGAGGCUUGAGCCGCAAACACAUCAUUGAAGGCUUGCAAGGGUCCCUGGAGCGCCUCCAACUGGAAUACGUCGACAUCGUCUUUGCCAAUCGUUCAGACCCGAACAGUCCUAUGGAGGAGAUCGUGAGAGCUAUGACGUAUGUCAUCAGCCAGGGCCUGGCCCUGUACUGGGGCACAUCCAGAUGGAGUGCUGCUGAAAUCAUGGAGGCCUACUCCAUGGCCAGGCAGUUCAAUCUGAUCCCUCCUGUGUGUGAACAGACGGAGAAUCACUUCUUUCAGAGGGGGAAGGUGGAAAUGCAGCUGCAUGAGCUCUACCACAAGAUUGGUGUUGGCUCCGUCACUUGGUCUCCCCUGGCGUGCGGCCUCAUCACUAGCAAGUACGACGGGCGAGUUCCGGAGACUUGCAAAGCCGCCGUCAAGGGGUACCAGUGGCUCAAGGAAAAAGUGCAGAGCGAGGAUGGCAAGAAGCAGCAAGCCAGAGUCAUGGACCUUCUCCCCAUCGCUCACCAGCUCGGCUGCACUGUGGCCCAACUCGCUAUAGCCUGGUGCCUCAGGAGUGAGGGUGUGAGCUCAGUCUUGCUGGGCGUGUCCAAUGCCGAGCAGCUGCUGGAGCAUCUCGGCUCCCUGCAGGUGCUGAGUCAGCUGACGCCGCAGACAGUGAUGGAAAUCGACGCGCUCUUGGGGAACAAACCGCAUUCUAAGAAAUAGUCCGUCGGGGGCGCGGGGACCCUAGCGGAGUGAUUGCGCCGGCAAACCUCUUCCGCGCCCAAGCCGACCCUGCUCCAUCGGGGAGCCCCGCCCGCCAACGAGUCCCGGCCUCGAGUAGCGAUUCGCAUGAACAAAGCCAUAUCCUUUCGCCGUGGGCUUGAGCGCGAACGUAGAUCUCCCACCCGCGCCCCGCGCCCCGCUGUGUCCUAGGGCUAGGCCUUCCCGCUAAUCCCGGGCUUGAGCGGCUCCUCUCAGCCCUUCGGGCUCGCUCCGCUUUUCCCUUUUGCCCAAGCUCAGAAAACAUCCGGGCGGAUAAAAGCAGCUUUGAGAGCGCCUCAGACACGGGCCUGGAGACGUCUUCAAGGGGGCAGGAGCCUACACCGACACGGGUCGUUCCGUAGCAGCCAGGCUGGUCCUGGCAGAACGUAAAUGAGAACCUUUGGGAAACCAAAAUCUUGCCUCCUGCCCGGAGGCGGGGACUUAACUCUAGAACUAGGCUCCCAGCUUGUGCUGGCAGGGAGGGGUGGAGGGUGGGGAGGGCCAUGUUGACAAAGGCGGGAGAAAUGUGAUGGCUGUAUCGCAGAAAUGGCAAGGUGGCCUUCGAAAACAGAGUGCUUUGGAGAGUUUAGGGAAGGCCUGCGGGCCACCGGGUUGUGAAAGGUCUGGGGACAGCCCGGGGCGUGAACCGGAUUUAGUGUGUAGCAGCCGAGGACUUGAGUCUUCUUCCUGGCGAUAAACCUAAAGCAAUAACGGUGGCCCUCUACUGUAAAUAAAACCUCAGCUUGGUCCUCCGGUGUCUGCAACGGAUGGGUACCUGUAUCGCACAUGCCUACACAAAAGGGCGUCAGGUCCCCUGGCUCCUGAGUUGCAGGUGACUGUGGAGUACCGUGUAGAUGCAGGGAACCAAACCUGGGUCCUUUGCAAAGCAGUGCAGAGCCCCACACUCACGCGUGCGCACACACACACACUCACUGUUUUUCGUUUCAUCUGCCAGGCUUCUUGGCUUGUAGGUCUCCUUUUCCUCUUGUCUUGUACCUACAGGUGUCCAGGAACGGAGCCGCUUUGCGGCUGGAUGGGAACCGUCACUGGGGUUGUGUUUUUGUGAUGUGAUAGCGCCCCGCUCUUUGGAGGGGAUACAGAGAGAGGAAGGCGGCAGGAAGAGUCCAGUGGGCUCUUCCGGUCCUGCCGCUGUUCUCCUCUGUGGACCCUGCUUUCUUGGAGGAAAGGCAGUGGGCAGGAAGGCACAGCCUGCGGAGAUCGCCAGGAGGAGGAGGACGGCUCUGCCACCCUUAAAUUUAACCUCAGCGCCUCCCUUCUACUAUCCUCAUCCUGCCUCGUCUGAAAGCUCGGAGUACAGAGUGAAACUGAUUUCCAAAAGCGAGCCGGAGCAGCCUGCCGCCAGCGACUGGAUUAGCAACCUCAGGAUCAACUAAUGAGCACUUCCAUCCAGCCCUCUAACUCCCACUCACCCUGGAAGCCCGUGGAGGAGUCAGAGAAGCCAGAUACAUGACUAAGCUAUGAGUAAUUCAUCUGUGACAAACAUACAAGAAUUUAUCAAUUCAAAAUAGUAUUCCCUUGAAAUAGUUCUCCUGAACAGCAAUGCACUCCAAUGCUGCCUACCCCAGAGCACAGCACCUUUGAAAGCCUCCUCUUAGAAUUACCUCCAGAGGUAGAAGUCCCUUGUAAACAAAACCUUCCUUCAUCGUAGACAUUUGCCGUUAUUUCUCACCCACCGUAUCCAUAAAUUCAGUGAGUGUCUGUG